AUGAAAGACAUUCUGGCUGACACCCACUUGCUGGGUAGAAGUUUCUUUGAGCAAUUAUACUGUAGAAACAACUCAGUAACGACUUCAGUUUCUUCUCAUGCUCGGUACGUUGAACCUGGCUACCAUGAGUGUUACGUGGUCGGUGUGCCGUACAAGGAAACCUCAAGCGUAUGGGACCGCGCACAUGUCGUCGGAAUCGAUAUUCCUCCUGAUUCAAAAUUUAGCUACGAAGAAGUCUACCUGUUCGGUCUGUUCCAGAUGGGCAAGCAGAGAGAGUUUUGGGUCUUCGAUGGGUCGGGAGUCUACCGAUCGGGGUUGUUCGACGAUGAACUUAACUUCCAAGACUUACUCGAUCAGUAUGGAAAGAUGACUGAGCUUGAGCUUCGCAACAAUCCGUUUAUCAAGCAAGAGUUCGGUGAACCCCAGUAUAUCUACAUUAAGAGCGAUCAGUUCCAAAUGGCGCCUUACGAGUCCGAUCCCAAUAGGGGAUACAAACUUGUCCUCGACAAAAGAGCUCUCUCACGCCCUGACGAUAUUGUCAGUGUAAGGGCGACUUGGUAUCGCGCCACAGACAAAUUCAACAACAAGUUUGUCAUCAGAUUUUCCGGAAGGGAACAAAACCAAAAUGAGAAAAAGUUCCUGCGUCGAACUAAGGAGCGUAAUGCCUGGGGCAUCAUGCAUCCCAUCGACUAUCGAUUUAUCGAGGCCAGGAGGCUAUCUUGUAUAGUCAUGUCUCCCUUUGGUCUCCCAAUCACCCACUAUCGCACUGUCUUGGAGGUUCUCGAAUGCAUGCGUGACACGAUCAGGACUCACCUAUCGUUGUAUAUAGAUGCCAAGAUUCUCCAUCAGGAUAUCUGCUUGCACCACCUCUUUAUCUGUAAACCCAAAGUGAACAGCCCAGACGCUCCCAAAAGAAUUCCCAUCUCAAUCGGUGGACAUCGGGGGCUACCUGACGAAAGUCGAUUGAAGCCGUGGCAGAGCGGGUUCGAGGAAUGGUCAGAAAUCGCUGAGAAGAAGACAAAGAAUAUUUCCAGCAACGACAACUUUGCUACCAUCGUUGCCGAGUUUCGCCAUGAGUUCUAG